AUGAAACCCAUUCCAGGUCAAGAACGGUACAUUCCUAAGCUUACAGGUGCAGUGGUUGACGAAGAGACGGCGGGCUUCAAGUAUUGUCCAUUCAAGCUGCAAGAAGAGGUUAUCCUGCCGUGGUUGCAGCAAAUGCUUGAGGCCAGAUACGGCUUGUGGUUCGUCAUGCGACUGUACCUGCUGCGCAACUACACCAACCGAGCACUGAUCAACGCAGUUCUGCUACAGGCGUACUACCUGCCCUUCCCCAACUCAUCCUCUACCGCAUUCGAGACGAGGUAUGUAGGAAAUGGAGGCUAUAUUGAGG